AUGGGCGAAAGAGGUCAUCCUGGGCCUCCUGGACCUCCUGGUGAGCAAGGUUUACCUGGUCUGGCAGGCAAGGAAGGAUCUAAGGGAGAUCCUGGCCCUGCUGGUGUGCCUGGUAAAGAUGGACCACCAGGUUUAAGAGGAUUCACUGGAGAACGCGGUCUCCCAGGUCCAGUUGGUAGUCCUGGACUAAAAGGCAAUGAAGGCCCCCCGGGACCUCCUGGCCCUGCUGGAUCUCCAGGGGAAAGAGGAGCUGCAGGACCUGCCGGUCCAAUUGGUUUGCCAGGAAGACCCGGCCCACAAGGACCACCUGGACCAGCUGGUGAAAAGGGGGCUCCAGGAGAAAAAGGUCCCCAGGGGCCGGCUGGACGUGAUGGUAUCCAAGGUCCUGUUGGUCUCCCAGGCCCAGCUGGACCAGUUGGUCCUCCAGGAGAAGAUGGAGAUAAGGGUGAGAUUGGAGAGCCAGGACAGAAGGGAAACAGAGGUGACAAAGGGGAGCAGGGCCCACCUGGACCUGCAGGACCUCAGGGACCUAUUGGUCAGCCUGGUCCAUCAGGAGCAGAUGGAGAACCUGGACCCCGAGGACAGCAAGGCUUGUUCGGUCAGAAAGGUGACGAAGGUCCCAGGGGUUUCCCCGGACCACCAGGCCCAGUUGGGCUCCAGGGCUUGCCCGGACCUCCAGGUGAGAAGGGAGAGACAGGUGAUGUCGGUCAGAUGGGUCCACCAGGUCCACCUGGACCAAGAGGGCCCAAUGGUCCACCAGGAGCUGAUGGACCACAAGGUCCUCCAGGAGGAAUUGGAAAUCCCGGACCUGCUGGAGAGAAGGGUGACCCUGGAGAGUCUGGUGAGCCUGGUCUUCCUGGAGAGCUUGGACCACCAGGCCCAAAAGGUGAAAGAGGAGAAAAAGGAGAAGCAGGUCUUCAAGGAGCAGCUGGUCCACCUGGUCCAAAAGGACCUCCUGGGGAUGAUGGUCCUAAAGGUAGCCCUGGUCCAGUUGGAUUUCCUGGAGACCCUGGCCCCCCUGGUGAACCUGGUCCCGCAGGUCAGGAUGGACCCCCUGGUGACAAAGGAGAUGAUGGUGAAUCUGGACAGCCUGGAUCACCAGGACCUACUGGAGAACCAGGUCCAUCUGGCCCACCUGGGAAAAGGGGCCCACCUGGUCCAGCAGGUCCAGAAGGACGACAAGGAGAGAAGGGUGGCAAGGGCGAACCAGGCUUAGAAGGUCCUCCUGGCAAGACAGGUCCUAUUGGUCCUCAAGGCCCUCCUGGAAAACCUGGACCUGAGGGUUUAAGAGGUAUUCCUGGACCUGUGGGUGAGCAAGGUCUGCCAGGAUCAACUGGUGCUGAUGGCCCACCCGGUCCUAUGGGCCCACCUGGUUUGCCAGGAUUAAAGGGGGAUUCAGGUCCAAAAGGUGAAAAGGGUCAUCCUGGUUUGAUUGGUCUCAUUGGACCUACGGGAGAACAGGGUGAAAAGGGAGACCGUGGUCUACCAGGUCCUCAGGGUUCUCAAGGGUCGAAAGGAGAACAGGGUAUUUUUGGCCCAGCUGGGCCUGUAGGUCCUCCCGGUCCUCCAGGAUUGCCGGGUGGUCCUGGGCCAAAAGGUGCUAAAGGGUCAUCAGGUCCAACUGGUCCAAAGGGUGAGAUGGGUAUUCCCGGUCCCCCAGGCCCUCCGGGUCCCCCCCGGAGAGUUAUACAGCCACUUCCUGUACAGUCAUCAAAGAGAACCAAGCGAAAUAUUGAUGCCAGCCAAGUGGUGGAUGAAGCAAAUACAGACACAAAUUACAUGGACUAUGCAGAUGGCAUGGAGGAAAUCUUUGGCUCUCUAAACUCCCUAAAACUGGAAAUUGAACAAAUGAAACACCCAUUGGGCACUCAGGGUAAUCCUGCCAGAACCUGCAAAGACCUACAGCUUUGUCACCCUGACUUCCCCGAUGGUGAAUAUUGGAUUGAUCCUAACCAGGGCUGCUCCCGGGACUCAUUUAAGGUUUACUGCAAUUUUACGGCAGGCGGAGAAUCGUGCAUCUUUCCAGACAAGAAGUCUGAAGGAGCUAGACUUACCUCCUGGCCCAAAGAGAACCCGGGUUCCUGGUUCAGUGAAUUCAAGCGUGGUAAACUGCUGUCCUAUGUGGAUUCUGAUGGAAACCCAAUCGGCGUUGUACAGAUGACAUUCCUGAGGUUGCUCAGUGCUGCUGCCAGGCAGAACAUCACCUAUAGCUGCUACCAGUCUGUGGCUUGGCACGACGCCACCAUUGACAGCUAUGACAAAGCCAUCCGUUUCUUGGGAUCAAACGAUGAAGAGAUGUCUUAUGACAACAACCCUUACAUUAUAGCCAUCAUGGACGGCUGUGCAUCAAAGAAGGGCCACCAGAAAACCAUCCUGGAACUCAAUACCCCCAAGGUGGAGCAAGCUCCUAUAGUGGAUCUUAUGUUCAAUGACUUUGGAGACCCAACACAAAAAUUUGGCUUUGAAGUGGGACCAGUAUGUUUCCUAGGCUAA